AUGUCACGCCAUCGGCGCCGCACGGUGCUCGCUGCUGCGGCUGCCCUGGUAGUGUGGCUCGCCCUUGCAGCACCUGCUGCCACCUGUGACCCACCAUAUGUGUUUGAUCCCUCGUCGGACGGGACUACCAUCACUGCCGGCAACGAGCUCGACGUUACUGGCAAGGGCGUCGGCAUCACCUGCUCACUCGACGCGCCGUGCACCUUUACCUUUGUUGCCACACACACUUCCGCAUCGCCGUCGACGUACCCGCUUGUCAGCACACAGUCUGCCGUCGUCAGCGGCAUGCCCUUUGACUUUGCCUCGCACGUCUUUACCUUUACCGCUGCCGGCGAGUACGACAUCGUCGUCUCGGUCAACUCGUCCGAGUCGGCCAGCUGCGCCGGCGGCGUGCAUCCGGCCUCGGCCCCGCGCGCAAUCGUUGUGUACCCGAGGCCAGACGGUAAGCCGCGGCUCACCGGGCUGCGAGACGUGGCGGUUGGCGAGCCCAUCGGUCUCGCCGUCGUCAACAUCACCGGCGGCUCGCUCCCGUUUGUCGUCGAAUGGUGGCUCUCGCCGUGGACCGGGCCCACGCCGCCGCCUUCGCCGCCACCGACAACGAUCACACCGUCAUCUAGUGACCUGCUCCUCGGAUCAGGUGUGGCUAACACCGAGGCCGAGGCCCGUUACACCCGCCCGCAGCUGCCGAGCCUGGCCUCGGUUCAGGAGUCGGCGCUCGACGCUGGCGCGCCUACAUCCUUUCUCGCCUACGCCACCAUCGAGAACGCCGAAGGCGGCGAGGCCAUCUUUGUUGCUGCGCAGCCCGCGUUCAUUACCGCAUAUCCGCGGCCAACCAUUGCGGGCGCCGCACUCGCCACCACCAAGUCAGUGACAUCCACGCCGCUCACCACCGUUCUCCCCAGCCUCGGAACUGUCAGCGAUGCCAUCUGGCCCAUCAACGUCACCAUCACUGUCCGCGACGGGAGCAGCAUCGACUCGGAGACAACUGCAAGCGUGGCGUCGCAGGCUGAGCUCGACAGCCACUCCUGGGCAGGCGUCCAGCUGCCGAGCCUCCCCAGCACCGACAUCUACAUCGACAUCGACAUUGUGUCAAGUCCGCGCAUUGCAAGCAUCCGACAGACGCUCGGCCCGCUCGAGACCCGCGCUCCCUUUGUAACCAACCUCUCCUUUGCAGCCCCCAUUGUCGAUGAUGGUACCGGCACCUUCUUUACUACCCUCGGCGCCAACCUUACCCUCGAUUUGAGCAUGACCGGCGGCUACCCGCCGUACACAGUCUCCAACUGCCAGCUCCGUGGCCGGUCGGCGUCCAAUCCCGCCGAACCGCCCAUAGUACUUGUGCCCAACCGCAGCCAGCCGUUUGCCACGGGCGCCUCUCCUGUCGCCAUCACGCUCGGGUAUCCGCUCUCGGCGAGCCUUCUCAGCUCGACAUCCGGUGACACUCUCGUCUUGUACGCCUCGUGCUCCGCAGUUGACUCGGUCGGCUACUCCCGCGAGCUCAACUCGACAGCACCGCACGAGCUUCACGCCCAUCCGCUCGCCCUCACACCGACCGUGGUGUUCGACACAAGCGUCCCAGUCGUUCUUGGCGUCUCGACAAAUGUCUCAACCGGGUCGGUGAUCGGCGGCACAGCGCCGUUCUCAGUCGCGCUGCGGGUUGAAGAGAUCGGCGGCGGAGGUUCGGGCCUUGCCGUAGCGCCGCUCUCCCAUGGUGGCCGCUUUGGCGGCCAUGCCGACGGCCCACUCAUUACCUCGGGCUCGGCCACAGUGUUUGUCACCGUCCGCGACGCUGUCGGUGUCGACUCGCGCCCACCCAUCAGCCGCGGGCCGGUCACCAUCAUCGCCCGCCCACAGGGCGUCCUAGUGCCCGGCGUCAACGGCGAGACCACGGUGAGUGUCCCCACUCCGAUCCGGGUCGUCAACGUGGUGGGCGCAGCCACGGCCGCAAUGCACCUCACGCUGACGGACACCCAUCGCCACCUCUCUGUUCCGCUCUACGACACACCUCCUCCGCUCUUGCCGGUCAAUGAGGAGCUUGGCGUCAUCGAAGCGCCGCACGUCUUUGACGAAAGCUGGCUCGUCAACGCUUCGGCGGGUACGGCGGAUGUCGCCGGUUUCUUGAUCAACAAUGUCGGCACGACCGGUGCGCCGCUGGUGACCACCGCCCUCGUCAUCAACCCAUACCCGCGAGCCGCGUACGCGCUGACCUCAAGCGAACGGCUCCACACCUCGAUCACACCCGACUCGGUGCUCCGCGACGGCCUCCUAUUCAAUGCCACGCUCAACGCAACAGGUGGCACAUAUCCGCUCCGCAUCACCGCGAUCAUCCGCAACGCGUCUGAGCCUCUCUCGACUGGCGUGGCCCUUGAGGCGCCAUGGCUGGUCUCGUCUCCGAUGGCCGACACAUCGUGGGUGUUUGGCGUCCGCGACACCGUUUGGGACGCGCUGGUGAUGGACAACCCGAGUGUCUGCUCCCUCGACGCCCGGCUCGGCAUCCGUGUCGAGGACGCAGCCGGUGCUGUUGUCGAGGCCAUGCAUGCCGAGGCCGUAACAGUCUUUGCUCCAAUCCGGGUCAACACCUCGUUUACAAUGGCCUACCUCGAUCUGGAGCUCAACUAUGUGGCUUCUGGCGGAGCACCACCGGCCGAGCUCCGAUGGACCCUGCACCAGCCAACAAGCGACGGAAGCGCGCCGACCGAUGCACAGCAGGAGUCAACACCGCUGCGCUCCGGUGCAGUCGCGCUCGACUUUGCCUUUGGCCGGCAGACCAUCGCCCAGCUGGCGCCCGAGCUGGCGGCUGAUCCGGGCCGCCUGGUGGUCCAAUACGUGCUUGUCGACGCCAAUGGAAUGGCCCUUAUGUCGCGACAGCAGGCGGUGAUGGGCCGCCUGCUCCCGAGCGACUACAUCGUCAACCGUAAGCUCUCCACACUCGGCUUUGUGCUCCUCAUCCUCCUCGGGCUCUGCUGCUGCAUUUGCUGCAUCAUUCUCGUUUUGCUUGCGCUCGCGCGACGCGAGCGAGCUCGCAAGGCCAAGGGCGCGGUGCUUGACUCGGAGUCGACGCCAGCGUCAUCGCUAGCAGGGACAGAGCCCAUCGGGACGCUUCCGCCGCCGCUCUCACCUCGCGGCACACCGCGGGAUAUGGUCUAUGUGCCGCCGCUCCCGCCCAAGGGAGCGGCGAGCCUUGCGCCGACGCCACGCGCUACGACGCGCCUUCCGCCCACCCCAUCGCCGCGCCUCCCGCCGCUGCCGACAUCGCAUUCGUCGGAUCUCGGCGACACAAGUGGCUCGUCAUCGUCAACUGGUUCGUCGUCGUCGUCGUCGUGGGAGGCGCCCGAGGAUGCCAACAGCCAGCUGUCGUCAUCGCCGUCAUCACCAUCAUCGUCGUCACCGAGCGCAAUGCCGCUGCCCCAUGCGCUACCGCAGACAGCAACGACUGGUUCUGCAUCGUCGUCGUCGUUGUCGUCGUCGUCGUCGUCAUCAUCAUCGUCGUCGGUAUCAGAGCUGGAAAUGCGACUGGUGGCGCCACCGCCAGAGCUCGUUGGCAAGCCACCGGUUGUGCCGCCAAAGAUGCCGAUGCGGCCGACGACGGCGCCAGUCGGGCGGCAGCAGAGCGUGCGCCGACGGAGUCGCAACCUCUCGACUUCGCCCAUAGCCAACCGCCCGGGAGACAUUGCUGAGCUCGAGACCACCCCUGAGCGAGAGCCGUCUCCGAUCAUCACGCCCAAUGAGCUCCGCGAGCAGGAGCAGUUUGUCUCCGAGUCGGUGCCCAACUUUAGGCACGCAGACGAGGCAGACGCGAGUGCCGGCAUUCGCGAAGCCACGGGUGGGAUGUUGGGUUCCGAUGAGCUCGACACUCUGGACCAGAUGACAUCGAUGGCCGGCAUGGACGAGGUAUGGGCGGCGCACCUCGGCAUCGCCGGCAGUGGCAGCACCGGACGGCGGACGCCCGACGCCUUGAGCAUGCACGCUCGAGUCCCGGCCGUCGUUCGGCGGCACUCGCGCAGUGGCUCCGCCUUUGGCUCACGCACGUCGUCGCUGGCAUCGCUGGCAUCGCUGGCGUCAGUUGCCGACGCCGCCGGCGUCACCGACGGAAAUCUUCGGCGGGGACAGGCCCGGGUCCUGGAACGGACAAACUCUGUCGCCGACUACCUACCGAGCUCAGGCGAGUAA